GUCUUGGCCCCUAUCAGAAUUGCUUAUUACGUCAGGUACGACUUCUACUUUCCGCGUCGCCAAUCUCGCGACUUCCCUGUUCUGCAAAGCCAAUCCUGUUUUUGGAAGGCUUCAGCUGCCCCACGUCCACCGCCAGAAUCUCAGACACGUUCUGUUGACCUACUGAUUCUGGAGGAAAUCCUCCGCAAACUUCUCCACCUAGACACUCACCUCCACGUUCAUUCGUGCUUCUCUUCUACCUAUUAAACCUGCAGUCUCACUUUCUUCUUCUUCACAAAAUUCAUGUCUCUCCUUGCACCAACGGUUUCAUAACCAUACUGCCUACCUCGGCCAUUCUGCUCACCAUGGCACAGAAAUUCGAAGAAGACGGCGCUGAGUUCGCUGAAUCGCCCCGUCCUUUGCUUCCAGACCGCCAGGACUCAAUCCAUCCAGGUCUGCGACCCUCUCUGACCAACAUCCCAGUCACUCCGGGCAUGCACUUGGGCGAAGAGCUGCCACGAAAAGAUACCGAUCCAUCAUACUUCACACACGAUUUGAGCAGGUUGGGAGACGGAAUGGCACAAUCACCUGUUGAGGCAGCUCAUGGCGCAGCUUCGAAUCAUGAGAUCCUCCGUCGAAUGAGCUUGUCGGGCCCAGGUCUGCAGAGAAAGGAGUCUUUGGCAGAUAUUGAUCCGCGAGCUGCGAAUCCAUCUUUGGGGCUGAGCGGAGGUGUCAUAUCAGCAACAUUCUGUAUACCGCAUUCUCUGCGGUACAGAAAAGGGCAAGAUUGGGGCUUGAGCACACGACGAGGCACUUCUGCACUCUUCGAUUCCUUCACAUACCUCUCCUCCGAUAAGACUCCAUGGAACCAUACGCUCGUUGGUUGGACCGGCGAAAUUGACCCAGUGGAGGAAUUAACCCCACCAGUUACCCCUCCUGCGACAACAACUGCUGCGAAAGUUGUCCCUCUGAAUAAAAGUUCAGCUCCUAUUCCUCUCGAUCCAUUUUCCAAAGUCAACGAACCGCCCACCUCGGAGGGCCUAUGGAUCAACAAGGAGGAUCAAGGCCGAUUAGAGUGGCAGUUAGGCCACGACAGGAAUUGCCGCACAAUACCAGUUUGGCUGAAUGAUGAGACCGAGGGAGUGACCGAUGGCUCCAUCUGUCUCAAAGAUCAAUCGAGAUGGAGACGCUUCGCAGAGCACGAGCUAUAUACCCUUUUCCAUUACAAGCAACAUGAACCAACAAACGGGCGAGCAGAGCGACAAUCAUGGGCGGACUAUUAUAAGAUGAACCAGAAAUUCGCAGACCGCAUUCUCUCGAUUUACAAGCCUGGCGAUAUCGUCAUGAUCCACGAUUACCACCUCCUUCUCCUUGCUAGCAUGCUUCGACAACGAAUUCCACACAUGUACAUUGCUUUUUUCUUGCAUAUUCCGUUUCCCAGUAGCGAGUUUCUCCGGUGUUUACCACGACGCAAAGACGUCCUAGAAGGUGUUUUGGGUGCAAAUUUGAUCGGUUUUCAAUCGCAUAGCUAUUCGCGACAUUUCGUCUCCUGCUGUUCGAGAAUUUUGGGUUUUCCUUCAGAUAUCACAGGUGUGGAUGCAUACGGUGCAAAGGUUACUGUGGGUGUUUUCCCAAUCGGAAUCGAUGCAGCUUCAGUAGAGAAGCUAGCAUUUAACUCCGCGACUGUUGAUAGUCAAGUGAAAGACUUGAAACAGCUUUAUCAUGGUCAGAAGAUCAUUGUGGGAAGAGAUCGUCUUGAUAGUGUGCGAGGUGUUGCACAGAAGCUUAUGGCUUUCGAGAGAUUUCUGGAGAUGUAUCCAGAAUGGAUUGGCAAGGUUGUGCUGAUCCAGGUCACCAGUCCUACAAGUGUGGAAGAGGAAAAGGAGGAUGCGGGCAAUAAGAUCGCCAACAAGGUUUCCGAACUUGUCGCCAAGAUCAACGGGAUGUACGGUUCGCUUUCGUUCUCACCGGUUCAGCAUUACCCACAAUACCUGUCCCAGGACGAAUACUUGGCACUUCUCCGAGCUGCUGACAUUGGUCUUAUCACCAGUGUCAGAGAUGGCAUGAACACCACCAGUCUGGAAUACGUUGUAUGUCAGAGAGACACACAUGGACCGUUGAUCCUGUCAGAAUUCUCUGGAACUGCUGGUAGCUUGAAAGAUGCCAUCCACAUCAACCCGUGGGAUCUUUCUGGUGUUGCGGACCAAAUCAACUAUGCUCUUACUAUGAGUGAAGACAAGAAGACCGUCAUGCAUGGAAGUCUGUACCAUCAUGUCACGACCAGGAAUGUACAAGCUUGGUCAAAUGGCUUCGUUAAACGUCUUUUGACUGUUCUGAGCUCGAACAAUGCGAUUAUUUCAACGCCCCUGUUGGACAAGGCUGCCCUCUUGUCGCAAUACAGAGGUGCUAAGAAGCGACUCUUCAUGUUCGAUUAUGAUGGUACUCUUACCCCAAUUGUCAAGAAUCCAGGAGACGCCAUCCCUUCCGAGCGUGUCAUCCGAACACUAAAAGCGUUGGCAUCAGAUCACCGAAAUGCAGUCUGGAUCAUCAGUGGAAGGGAUCAAGAUUUCUUACAACAAUAUCUUGGAUUCAUUUCUGAGCUUGGCUUCAGUGCCGAGCAUGGUAGCUUCAUGCGUCAUCCAGGCCACACUGAGUGGGAGAAUUUGGCCGAGACCUUUGACAUGGGUUGGCAAGUGGAGGUCAUGGAGUGCUUCCAGAAAUAUACGGAACUGACUCCAGGAUCCUUCAUCGAACGUAAACGAUGCGCGUUGACUUGGCAUUACCGACCAUCCGACCCCGAACUCGCUGCUCACAACGCUCGUGAAUGUCAAAAGGAGCUGGAGCAAACCGUUGGCAAAGCCUGGGAUGUUGAAGUCAUGCAAGGCAAAGCGAACCUCGAAGUCCGCCCAACAUUCAUCAACAAAGGUGAGAUUGCCAAGCGUCUGGUGGAUUCAUACGGCAAGGAAGUUGGUGAGCCACCAGAGUUUACUCUGUGCCUGGGAGACGAUUUCACAGAUGAAGAUAUGUUCCGUGCCCUAAAUGGAAGCGCACUACCCAAGGACCACGUCUUUACUGUCACCGUUGGCGCUAGCUCGAAAAUGACCCUUGCACACUGGCAUUUGCUAGAGCCUGCAGACGUUAUUUCCAGUAUUGCACUCCUUAAUGGUGGAGAUUCAAACGUUGCCGAUCUUGGUCCUCUCUCGGUCAUUGAUGGCAAGAUCCCAGAUUCGAUGCCAGGAAUCAAAAUACCUGACGAGAUGCCGGGUGGGAAGUUGUGAGAGCGAGAUGCAUUGGGACUUUGGUGUUAGAGUGUGUAUAGAAUGGAUGGCAUAUGGACAAUGCAAAAUAGAUAUGAAUACGCUUGGAGCAAUCAUUCAACGGUCUCCUCUUGGUGAUUUUGAUUGCGUGAAUGACCCUCCAAGUGACGGACAUUGUUGUAGCUUUUGUGUGUGCUUCUUAAUUUUCGAGCUCCGGACUUAUAAAUUAACCUUCAAAUCAGGGAUAUUCUCGUUCUUUUUGUGUGUAC